AUGAACCCUAACACUAGGUUCGGACAAUAUUGUAUCCUGAUGUUAGCCGCAUUUUACAAGCCAUCACAAGCCGUUUUUGAACGCUUGACUACCCCUCCCGAGGCCCCAGAACCGUUUGACGACAAUGGUAAUUUGCAAUGGCAACUAGACGUUGUUGCGUGGCAUCAGGAACUGUUGGAGGUGAUCGAGGCCAAAGAAUUGGUUAUUGAUGGGCCAUUACCAAUUGCACUGGAUAGACAGAAGGUGAUUAAGCAGCUCCUGGACAAGGCGGCUCUACAGCCAAAGGACUACCAAGGGGCGUGUGAACGCUUGGAAUUAAACCCAGACCUUCCGCAAUUUGAAGUUACCCCAGUAACGACUUUAACUAUUAAAGCAUUCUAAUCGAGAAGCGAAAGACGAAAGUUGUUUGGCCUCACUUUUUGACGUAACCUUAGUUGUUAUUCCUGGAAUAUAUUAGAGAGUUAGAGAAGUAGAACAGAUUCAAAUGGUUCAGGAUAUAAUAGAUUGACUUAAAUUCUUUUAUGCUUUUAUAUUAUAUUAGAAAAGUUGAACAAAAACAAUCAUAACAAUUUAAUAAUUCUUAGCUAGUAAUUUUCACUAAACAAAGGGUUGUUUAUUUAUCUAAAAUGAGUUAAAAAGAUAGAAUAAAAAAGAAAUCUAAGAUUUAUGAAAAAUCACUAGAUUGCGUAAGUAAAGUGUUUUUUGUAUAAUAGUUAAUACCUAUAACCAAUAAACAAACUUGAGUUAUAAUUAGAAAGUUAAACUUUUAGAAAAACUUUUAAGAUCUUUUUAUAUUUGCGUAAGGUUAUUAGAAAUAUCAUUUUUCUUUUAGAAGACAAGAUAAUGUUCGUAAACAAUUAAUCUUACGCAAGCUCUUAUUUAGAAUACAAAUACAAUUUCUAUAGGUUUGUCUAGUUGUUUGGAAAUAGGCGAAAAUUAGCCGAGAAUCAAGAUGCGCAACAUUCACUCCCCUAGAACACAUUAAAUUGCAAAAAAUAAGAAAGCAUCCUUAUCAGAAACGCUGUAAAUCGUUCUUUAACCAACAUGUAGCCGACUAGCGCCGAUAGCAGGUAUAAACAUUUGCUUUCCGACGUAAAAACUCUUCUUUCUUUCUUCUCUAGGACACUACCACCACCACCACCAAGAUGUCGGAUUCCAGUAGUGAUCCUCCUCCUUCUCCUCCAAACGAUCCGACGCCCUGCGACCGCCCUUUCUAUUUGUCCAGGAGCAGGCCACCCACCACACCCACGGGACAUACCACUCCCCUCAAUUGAGGGGAGUGAUCCAGGGCUAGCACCACCACCACCACCUGCGCCUUUCUUGCGUCUGCGUACCAACCAGGAAAGAGCUGCACUGGCAAUCAGGCCUCCUGCCCCCAGGUUACCAGAAAUGCCCACACCACCAGGUCGUCCUCUCCGCCGCAACGCCGACCCCUUCGACCCUCGGGAGCGGAUCCAAGCCGACUUCAACUUCAACUUGGGGCUUCUGCCUUCGGGCACUCGUCUGUUGACCGCACCACCACCACCCCGCCCAAGUGCUCCUGUUGCUCCUGUUGCUCCUGUUGCUCCUGUUGCUCCUGUUGCUCGUGCCGUUCCUCCUCCUGCUCCUCCUACUCCUCCUGCACCUGCUGCUCUCCCGAGCCUACCUUCCGCCGCGGAUUUUCGCAUCCCAGGGCUUACGCCCACCCAAGAAGCUGUGGACGCGGUAAUCCUAGCGAUCCUAGUGGCCGCCGACGAGGAAAAUAGCGGAUCUCCCCAAGUUGGACCAAUGAUCGCCGCUGCUAGCGCUAUGGCCGAGCAAAACGAUAUUGUGAGGAGGUUGAGAGCCGCUGGACGAGGUGCUGAGGGCUGA